CUAUCCCACUCCCUACAUUUCAUUACAAUCAUUCGCUUAUUGUACACAUACUCAAAAAAAUUUGCAUACACCACACCCACACAUAUUCAGACAAAAACAAUAUACAAUUACAAUGGGACCAACAGGCAACUUACAGUACGUAUACCGGUGGCGCAUCGGACAAUGGAGUACGCUCGCACCAUGCAUUGAGCACAACAGCCCGGCAUUUGACGCAGACGGUCUGCGCUGGGUUUUUAAACUAUUUAAAGGCCGCGCUCGCAACCCACAGGACUUGGCGCUUUACUUGUCGGUCCACGAGUCGACGACAGAUCGGUUGCAGCAGCUGAGGAAAAAAGUGGAUGUCUCAUUUACUCUGGAAAACUUGCGCAUGCGGGGACUCGACUACAACAAAUAUACAACGCCGAUUACUGUUUGGGUGGACUCGGCAUACAGCACAUGGGGCGACGAUAAGUUCAUUGGGCUAACGGAUAUGGACUCGUUUAUCCAGGAUGACAUGACAUGCCUCGUAGUUCGUUUCCAUGUGCGCGAGACCAUACACGAAGGCCUGCCGCCCACAGCACAGCCAUCCCCGGCGAUUGCCGUAUACAUCCCCGAAAAAAUAGCAGCGCCGUUCAACCAGCUACUAAAGUCGGCGCGAUUCUCGGAUAUUCAGUUUGAGCUGCGCGACUCUUCCGCAUUGAUUCUGUCUCCGGGACCUAAUAGCGGUCAGUAUUCGCAGCAGGGACUUUUGUCGCCACGCAACAGCGGCGAUUUCCAGAACGUGGGCCAGGACGCGCUGCGCAUCAACUACAGCAUCGACGAGAUUCUAAUGCACGGGCAACCGAGUCCGCCUAGCAGCUCUCCGGAAGGCGAAUCUCGACCUCUGUGUAUCACGCCGAUGCCGGGAAACUGCUACCCGCGGGCGCUUCCCUACGCACAACGCCCACGAAUUGGCACUGCCAAGCCCGAUAUCCAAACAAUUGGGCCGCGGUACCACGCGCACAAGGCAAUUCUGAUGGAGAUCUCCCCUGUUUUUGAGGCCAUGUUUAGCAACGGCAUGCGCGAAACAUACGAAAAGGUUGUCGAAGUUUGGGACGUGACUCCACGGGCAUUUGAGCGCAUGCUAGAGUUUGCCUACACACAUGUCUGUGACCUUGAUCCUAAGGCAACCAAGUACGAAGACAGCGUGUCGGCCGAGGAAGUUGUUGAAACGCUCUUGUGCGCCGAUCAGUUUGAAGUCAAGGAACUGCGCGAAAUAUGCUGGCGUAACCUGAUGGCACGCCUGUCAACAGACACUGUGUGGGACAUCUGGUCGAUUGCCACGGACUUGGAGGCGGGAGAACAGCAGCGCUCAUGCAAAAAUUUUUGCUGUCGGCGCUUUACUGAGCUCUGUCAUAGCCCGUCGACGAUGUGGGCAUCGGCGCAUUUGCUGCGCGAAGUUCUUUCGAGCGAUACACUGAAUGUCGAGUCUGAGGAGCUUUUGUUCGAGACCGUAGUCAAGUGGACAAAUUUCCGUGAAGACACCGACAUCGAUGUGCAAUCGCCGAAAUUCCCCAAUGGCGGCAGAUACAGCCCUGGUGUGGGCGCCACGCAAAAGAUUGGGACGGGGAGACCAGCAUCAGGCGCCAGCAGUGUGCUGUCGGCUGAGUGGCAUAUUACGAGGACCGGAAAAAAUUCCGACGAGGCUGUGCUCAAAUGCUACCGCUCGCCAUCCAACCUUUCCCUCCUUCCUCCGCGAUCACCCUGGGCAAACCUCAAUCGCCGUGCGGCCGUUGCCAGCCCGCGUCGAAAACCCGAGCUCACUCGCGAAGGCUACACUAGUGCGCUGGACUCUAACGCUGGUCGACCCAGCUUGCUGGCUGAAUCUGCCCCGUCGCCGACAUCUGCCAUCACACCUUCGCGCCUCUCUGUCGUUUCGGCUACCAGACUGUGCUCUUCGAGGGAGUUUUCCGAGCCGCUAUCGGCAUUGUCAGCCAAUAGUAGCGCCUGGGGAAGCCUGUCUGAGCGCAAGGAGUUUCUUGGCUCCCUCUUGCCCUGCAUUCGGUUUCCCAUGAUGGACAAGAACUUUUUGCUUCGGGUUGUUGAGCGGAAUUCGGACAUGAUGGCUCUGCCUUUAAUGAAAGAUCUGCUCAUCGAGGCGUACCGUUUCCACGCCUUCAACCCUCCUGCACCUCCACCUCCCACCAUUCAGCAUGCACUGCUGCAGAGACCUCACAGCAGCGCUCACCGCAGGUCAUCUGAGGGAUAUGCCAAAAUGGAGUACACUGCGCAGCUGCAGACUGCUCAGCCCCAAUAUGCCAAAAUCAUUCUGCCGCUGAAUACCAACGAUGAGCUUGCUCUCUCCCGCUCGCAGAGACGCAAGCAAGUCCACAAACUAGCCAUUCAAAGUGUGAACUUUUCGAACUAAUAACAUAUUUUUAUUCAAUUUUUAAACGGC